ACGCCAUCUUGAAGAGAGUGUGCUGUGCCUCGGGACGUCAUAUUUUUAUCUCCCGACAUCAACAUUGGCGUUGGAUUGAAUUCCAUUUUUUCUGGUUUUAUACCCAUCUGGACGGACCAAGAAAUAAGGUUCGUUCCACGGGUCUGUUUUAUCUAAAUGGUUGCCUGGAGACAGAAUGUCUACUUUGCCUGGGAUUCCGUUGAAGGGGGAGAGAGGAAAGACAAAGUACCAGUUACGAGACAUAAAUAGUUUGUACAGGGGAGAAUCAUUGGAACCACAUCAGCAGAAAAGCACAUUACCCCGCAAACAUGGCAUGCAAAGUUUGGGAAAAGUCCCCUCUGCACGACGUCCUCCAGCUAAUUUACCGAGCUUGAAAUCUGAACAUAGUGGCAACGACCCUGCAAUAAGCCUAGUUCCUAGUGGUGGCACAGGAUGGGGCAGCAAACCAGGAGAAACUGGCCAAGCACCGACUGCUCCACAAUCAAAUGCAGUUCCAGUCACAUCUACGUCACCUCAGACAUGUGCUGCAUCAACAUCAAUAACAACUGUAACAAGUGUCACGAGUGCAACACCACCAAAUGUGACGACAUCUCCAGCACCAAGGCCAGCAGUACCUUCACAGCCCAUAGUACACACAGACAAAUCAUGGAGCAGCAUUAUGGCAGGAAAUGCAGAAAGCAGUGUACAUCCUCCAAGCUUUCUUGCUCAUCAGUCACCUCAAUUCCAACAAGAAUUUCCCAAGUUGUCCAGUGGCGAAGGUCAACCCACUGCAGUUGCAAAAGGAGCAUCCGAUACACAGUAUGGUCCAGGACCCAGUUUGCGACCUCAAACGGAAGGAAGCUGGAUCCAAGGAGGGAGCCGGAAAUCUGGCCCGCCAUCAGCCCAGAUCCCAAGUGGCGGGGCAGCAAGUGGUGCUCUCCAGGCUGCUGCUGUCCUGGGCCCCCUAGUUCAUGUACCAUCCCAAGGGAUGGAGGAUGGGAUGCCAAGGAGCAGCUUGGGCCCCUGUGCUGCCCUGGGUGGGGGCUUGGCCCCGGGAGGCCCUGGAGGCUCAGGAGGAAGCACACCUGCUGGAGGUGGUGUCAUGCCACUGCACAUGGCAACCUUCAGACCUCUGAACCCAUCUUUCUUGUUCCGAGGUAAUUUCUCGGGCUUCAGACCGAAUUUACAGCGGCCACAUUUCAUGCUUCCUUCAGAUUCUAGAUUCAUGUCACCUUCAACACGUUCGACGUCAAGUGUUGAUGAUGAGGUGAUUACUAGACCAAUAAUAAAGGAAGAGGAUUUCAGCAAAAUGGAUGAUAUUGCUCGUGAUGCGGGUUGGGCGGCACACGAUGAUAUUGAUUACAAUCAGAAACUGGCAUUCAGUGACGAUGAAAGUACAAUGGAUGAUGAUGGAAAAGAUGGGAAACAUGGUAGCAAAGAGGAGAAAAAACAGUCGGAAGUGGAUGGCGAUUCUGAUAGAGCCCGUACUGAUCAGCGUGAUAAAGAGGAGACAGGAUCUCUAGAACGAAAGGAUGACAAAGAAAAGCGUCUGGAUAGAGGACCUCUAGAGCAGAGGCCAUGGCAUCAAACUCAUGCUGUGCCAGUAGAGUACAGAACCCAUUCUGGAUCUUCAGUGUCAGGUUCAGGUUCUACAAUUGGCAGCUUCCAUAUCUCAGUGAUGCGAACAGGUCCUCAUCCAGUUGCAGGACCAGGACCUCGAGCAGUUGAGGAUGAAGAAAUAUGGCAUGAGAGAAGACGUCAGCAUUGUGCCGAUGUUGCACUGGCUGUUGUGCGUGCCAGGCAGCGCAAGGAAGAAGAAGAACAGCGUUACCAAAAGACUAAACAGGGUGCAGCUUUAAAGUUACAACAAUUGGAAGAGAAAAUAGGACGGAAAGCUUCAUUGGAGAAUAAAGAAAAUAAGGAGAAGUUUGACGAUAGCCACAAUCGUGCAUCAAGAGUGGACUGGGAAAAGGAUCAUGAGAACGAGAAAUGUAGGGAUAGAGACAGAUCUAGAACUAGCAGUGAAGGUCGCGAUGAAAAAUUGCCCAAUGACCUAAGAUCACUGCAACAGGUUGGAGAACGUGUAGUUCGUGGUGACCGUGAAAAGGAACGUGAGCGUGAACUACGCAGUGAGAGAGAACGUGAUUGGGAUAUACGUGCUGAUAGAUUCAAAGACGGUCGUAAUUAUAGAGACAGACAUGAUCAGCCAACAUUUUCGAGUGACUUCCAACAUAACCUUCCUCCAAGAUUCCAGAAGCAACAAGCAGAACGCUCCUACUUGUCACGUAUAGGAGCAGGAGGGUCACCUAACUUGCCAUUAAGUGGCACUUCUGGCUCUCUGUCUCAAGGGACUUCAGUUUCACAAGGACUCACAAGUGCACAAUCGUUUGACCCUCGCUGGAAUGGAUCUACAGCGCAUGUUGGAUCUUUUAAUUUCGCAGGGUCAUUGCCCGGUAGUGGAGGUCUGAAGAGCAGCCAUCAUCCACACAGACGUGUACACGGUGAGACUGACAUGUCAACUUCUGAUAGAGAAUGGGAAGGAGACCAUGAUCGAGAAAGAGAGCGUGAUUGGGAGCGAGAGAGAGAACGUGAAAGGGAACGUGAAAGAGAGAGGGAAAGGGAGAGGAAUCGUGAUCGUGAAAGUGCACCAGAUCGUGAACACAGCAGGGAAUGGGACAGGAAACAGGAUCAGGAACGUGAUAAUGAAAGAGAGAGAGACCGUGAUCGAGAGAGGGAGAGGGAGCGGGAUAGGGAGCGGGAUAGGGAGAGGGAGAGGGAGAGGGAUAGGGAGAGGGAGAGGGAGAGGGAGAGGGAGAGGGAGAGGGAGAGGGAGAGAGAACGUGAACGUGAACGUGAUAGUGAACGUGAUGUUGAAGAGAAGCCCGCUACUUGGGAUCAUCGAGAGAGAGAUGCCAAGUCAACCAAGGAUCAACACACAUUGGAUGUUACUGAACGAGAAAGGUUCAGGUCCAGGGACUACAGACCAUACUCUGAAAAUGGCUCCAGAAAAAUGACGGGAAAUUACUUUGAUGCAGCGCCAGAAUACCAGAGAACGUAUAGGUGUAGUUCUCUAGAAUAUGAAAAAGGGCAGGACUAUGAGAGGAAGUGUGAUCAACCUGAAGCUCCUAAAGAGCAUAGAGAUGGUAAUCUUGUGAGAGAAAUGAGGGAAAAGGAGAGGGAUGUUAGGCUUCCCGAGGAAUCGAGAGAACUGGAUACUAAAUGUGAUGUUGUGGACAGACAUCAGCCUUCUGGAGUUUCAGUUAUGGAAAAAAAUUCAGUUUGUCCACCCGUCAAACAAACUGAUGACUGGCACGACAACAAAGACUGGAAGAAAUCUCAAGAAGGGGAUAACAAAGACUGGUGUGAGAAAGAACAAGAUGUUGCAGCCCGAAGAGCUGGCAGCUGUGAAUCUCGAUCUUCGAGGGACAGUGUUAGGGAAGAGAAGGAUCUUGUCAGAGCUUCGCAUGCUGGUGAUAAACAGUCCCGUGAUUUUACAUGGGUGGAUUCGACAGAAGUGCAGUCUGCUGAAUUGAAGAGUGAAAAGAAAUUAGAUAACCACAGGGAGGACCGGAGAGAAUCUGUACGUCAUGCACCUGGGCCAAUUACAAAAGAGAAGUUAGAAGCCUCAGAGCUUCGCAAUGACCAGAAAAGGGGCACACUGACACAGCUAAUGCGAUCUUUGUCCAAUCAAACCCCAGUACCUGCAGAAGAAAUAAAGCAAGAAAUGAAGGAGGGGCAGGCAAUAGAAUCAGAAAAAAACAAUGAGUCCAAAUCUGUGGAUACAGGAGGUCCAUGGCAGAAGAUUCAGCCAAAUAAUUUAGAACCUUCCUCAACAGAAGGUGAAACUGUAGUAUCAGUGCCAGAAAAGGCUCCAGAGCAGAGCAAAAUAUGGAAUGAGGCAUCGCCUACAGCCGAAAAUUCUCAAAUUUCUGCUUCAAAUAUUAUGAACGAGAGCCAUUCUGAAAACGAAAAACAUGAUACUGAUUCUGUGAAAAUUAAAGAAGCUCCAUUGGAUGAGAGUGUAACCAAGGCAAAAGAAAAUAAAUCAAUUGAAAGUGAUGCAUCCAGUAGGGAUGUGAAGCGAAUGGAGGAAAGCCCAUCCUCUUCUGAACUGAAGACUGAGAAGGAACAAAGAAACCGAAGCCACACACGUCAAGAGCAGCCUCGAGGUAGACACAGUGGCUACGCAGUGUAUCGUGGAGGUGGCUGGGGUCAACAGCGAGACUCGAGAGUGAAUCGUUGGGGUGGAUCAAAUAGGAACGUUCAUAAUUUACGUGACGAGUGGACUGAAUCGGAAGAGAUUUCAGGAGAUGAAGUUUCUGCCUCAACAGAAUCUGGAAAAGAAGACGUAGGACGUGCCAUUGGUGCACCACCUAGAAGAGUGGAGAAAGAUAAUCGGCGUACUCCUCGGUCACCCAAACAGAACACAAAAAAGACAGAAAAAGAUGAACGCAACAGAGAUACGAGGAGACCCGAAGGGGAGAAAGUCACUCAAUCAUCUGAUUCUCGUAGAUUUGAGAAACGUACUUAUGAAAGUGCUAGAAGUGGUCGUGAAGGAUUUGCCCCACGUGGUGAACCCUCACGUAGGGGACGUGGUGGUUUCAGGUUUCGUGGAAGUUUGGGAAAACGUAUGGAUGGUUAUGGUCCUCCUUCAUCAAAAAGUCCCUUUGGACAACCUUCUGAAGAAACAAAAAUAGUUAUUCCUGAUACUGCGAAAGAAAACCAGAAAAAUAUGGAGCCUGUUGUAAAUGAAAUAAACAAAGACGAUCUCGGAGGUGAGAUAAUUAGCAAUGAAGACAAAAUAAAACAGAAGCAGCAAGUACUAUCUGCUGGAAUUAUAGGUAGUGGUGUGAGACAUCACCCAGGUGCUAACAAGAUGUCGGGGCACAUACCUCCUCGAAUGCAGCGGAAGUCGGAGAGUGAACGUAGAGACUCCAGCAGAAGCAAAGGAGGCAACGGCAGUCGAGGAGGGGGUCACGGGCAAGGUAGGACAUCUCAACGGGCAUUUGGAGGGCCUUCAAACCAGAAUACGCAUAAUUUUGAUGGUGGUGAUGAAUGUUGGGAAACCACUUCUGAAAACAGUGAAACAGAGGACCGAGAAAGAAAUGUGGGUACUCAUAAUGGGAAACAUACAUACCCUCAGUCACGUGAUUCACACAGCAUGAGCCGUAGGGCAAAGAACAAUAAAGGUGGUUCUGGAGGUGGAGGAAGUCAUUCUGCGAGAAUGCCUGUUUCAGAAAAACCUGUAGGCAAUGUUGGAAAUACAAGUGAUAAUAGUGGGGGAGGUAUGGCACAGAGGGGUGCUUCAUCCCAAGACAACCGUUCACAGAACCGUGGCAUCACUAACAACCCAGCAACAGUGGGUAAUAAGUAUGGAGCAAAAGAAUUACCAAAUUCAGUGAACAAAGUGGAUGAAAAUAAAGUUAAUAACAGUACAAUAGUUGCACAGGCAGUCAAUGAACCUAAUUCAGCUAAGAAAAAAGUAGAAAAAGACAAGACAAAUGCUUUGGAGAAAUAUGAUCUUAACAACUAUGCAAGUGUGGUGAUAGUUGAUGACCAGCCUGAAGUGACAGUCGAGGAUGGGAAUUUCGCUUUUGGUGCAGACAGCGGCUUUCAAGAAGUGCGAAGUAAGAAGAAUGUGAAGGAAGCGCGCCAGAAAGGAAAUUCUGAGGACACGAAGCCGGUUGGUCGCCCUCCCCGGGAAAAGGAGCCACGAAAAUCUAAGCCCGGGAGUACGCAACAAUCGAGCCAUCCUCCACCACAGCAGCUGCAGCCACAACCUCAGGCUCAGGCACAACAGACUCCACUACCGCAAGGGCUUCCAGCAACCACAGCACCAUCACCAUCUUCCUCACCAGCAACACCACAGCAGGGGCAGCCUUCAGCUCAGCAACAAUCUCAGCAUCUUGUUACCCAGCCACAACGCCAGGGGUCACCUUCAGGAAUGACAGCACAGUCUGUUCCACAGCAGCAACAGCAAAUAACAGGCAAAACUGUCCUUCAACAAGAAAUUUCUCAACAGCAAGUACAACGGCAGCCCCAGUCCCAGCAGCAGCAACCAUCACCAACACCACCAACACAGCAGCAGCAGCAGCAGCAGCAGCAGCAGCAACAACCCUCCCAGCAGCCAGCUGCCCAGCAGCAAAGGCAGCAGCAGCAGCAGCAGCAGCAACAGCAUCAGGCUACAGCAGUUGGGUUGCAAAACCAAGGAAGUGCAGGUUCUGGCCCACCAUCUACCAUAGCUGCGGUGCCUACUACUUCUUCCGCACCAACAGCUCCGGCAGCCAAGUUCCCUACAGAACGUCAGCGACAGAACAAACUUCCCCCUCGGUUUGUCAAACAGAGGAUGAAGAUGGCUGAGCAACAGAAUUCAGGUGCCCAUGUGGGAGCUCCAGACACAAGCAAGCAAAGCCGUCUCUUCCCAACAAAAGAUGUGAACAGUCCUGCACCUCCACCUCCGGUGAAUGCAUGGACAAAACCAAUUAAUGCAUCAUUGCGACCAAAUUCACCAGCUACAGGAACUGUUCCAAACUUACAACAGUUAGCAGUUGUAUUAGGGAGUCAGGUUGAUCACUGUGCUGUGGAAGUAAGUGAUCAGCAGCCACAAUCUGGAACCAGCAGCCAUCGUAGUACACCAAAUAGUGAAAGUGUCCAGGCAAAAUCAGCUAGAGAGGCCACAGAUAAAACAGUAUUGGAUGGAACAUCACCUCCUGUUCAGACAAUAAUUUUUGAAAACACAAAUUACAAGACUGCCCCUCCUGAUUUGGCUGUAAAAUGUAAAUUUGCAAACAUGAAGACAUCCAGAGCGGAUAAAAGCAGAGAUCGAAAAAUUGGUGAUGAUGGGGAAGACAGUCCACUGGUCUUCAAUAAAGCAAGUGGUGCAAUACCAGACAUUGGCAAGAAUGGGGAAAAUAAAUCAGAAGCAAUCCAGAUGCCUCUGACUUUCAGCAAGAAUGAAGAUGUGGUUGACAUGAAACUGGACUUCACAUUUGCUGACUCAGACCUUUCACAGCUUACAGAAGAUAAGACUAACAAAGCAGUUGGUAUGCCACGAUCAAUGCACCUUUCUCAGCAGGUGCAGUCAACUAUUUCACCAUCUACUGCCGAGUUGAAUUUAAAAAUUCAGUCAGUAAAGAAGGUCUGGGAAAAUGUUCCUGUCAUGCCAGCAGUAAUUGAACACACAGAGGAUGGAAGUGUAGCAUCUACUGCUUCAUCUUUCACGCCAUCAUUUGGCAAUGCUGUUGAUUCUGCUUUAGAUCCAGCAACAUUUGUGAAGGGUGUUGAAGGAUGUAAUGUUGUUACUGCUGAUGAAAAUUCUCCAUUAAAUGCAAAUGAAGUUGUUUACAGUGCUGGAGCAGCAUUGCAGGGAAAUGCAAGUAACUACAGUGGGGGUGUUCCUGUAUCCACAGUACCAGCGUUGAAAAAUGAUGCACCUGCUACAAGUAGCAAUGUUUGUAAGCUGAUUACCCUGCAGGUGAAACCUCAACAGCAGCCUGUAAUGUCAGCUGGUCCAUCUCCAAUAGGCCACUCAGGCCCACUGUCACCGCCGCCUUUCAAUUCAAGUACUCAGCAAGGACACAUAAACUAUCAGCCAACCUUGGGAGGCACAGCUGCUCAGUAUGGGGGCAUCUCAGCUAUUCCAUCACCACCGACAGUACUGUACAAUUCUCCUGGUCAGGGAGGGUUAUAUGCACCAUUCCAGAUUGAUGGACCACAGGUCAUGGGUGGCCAAGCACGUUCACAGUUCUCUGGAUUUCCACCAUAUGGCUUAUCACAGGGAAUUGGUCAAACAUCGGCAUUUAAUCAACAGUCUCUCUAUCUGCAGACACCAGCGCACCCACCACCAAAUGCUGCACCAGAAAUUUAUCAGUCAUCAAUGUCUCCAUUCAGAUUGACUGCUCCUCAGGCACCAUUUGGCCAGUCCCAACAAUUAAGUAACAAUCCAAACACAGUUCUGAUUUCAUCAACAUCCAACUCUCUGAUGUCAGCUACUGUGAAACCAUCAUCACAGCAGAUUGGUCCUAUAGGUGCAAUUGGAACAAAGGGUGGUGGGCCUUAUCAGCAGAACACAAUCCCAUCAGGACCACAGCCAUCUCAGUUAUUCAUGUACGAUCCAAAUCAAGUUAUGGGCCAGAAUUACCUUCCCAACUCUCAGAUGGUGCAACGUCCAGGACCAGUGCAAAGCAAUGUUGUACCACCCAUUCCACCUUCUUCCUCAUUUUACUCUGGCUCAGCAGGUGGCCAAACUGGAUUCUAUCAGCCAACAAAUUCGAAUCUGCCUCAACCAGCUUCUGCCCAGCAGAUUCAUCAGACAGGGUCUCCUUAUGGGUUACAGGGAUUCAGUAACCAGUCUGGGACACCAGCGCCUGUGGGCUUGCAAGGAUUUGGCUCUCAGUUUCUAUCAUCUCCAUUGCAGAUGGCUCAGCAGUACCGUAACGCAGGAGUCCCAGGACAAGCAUUCAUAAAAUCUGGUGCACAACAUCAAACUGAGCAUAAUGCUGCUUCCAAUGGCAGAGUUCAGCCAAAAUCCCCAUCAGCAAAUCAACAAGAUGUGCUGUCAUCAGUUUCAGUAUUUUCUACUGUUCCGCAGAUACCAUCUCCCAAGUCACGCAACAUAAAGCAGCAGCAGCAGCAGCAGCAGCCGCCGCAGCAGCAGCAGCAGCAACAACAACAACAGGCUCCGCCACCACCCCCUUCAGCCCAACAUCAGCAUCAACCACAUCAACCACCGCCACCACCACCACCACAACAGCAACAGCCACAACAGCAACCACAGCAGCCACCACCCCCACCCCCACCACAGCAACAGCAGCAAGCACAACACAGUCCUACACAACAGCAAGCACCACAUCUUAAAUUUGGUGCUUACCAAGGUGUUUCACAAGCUCCCGGCCAACUGCCCUUUCAGCAAGCUGCAAGAGCUCAGCUUAAUAUAGGAGUAAGAGCUGCUAUGCCGCCACCUGCAGCACCCAUAUACCCACCUCCCAUUCAGAGACCUGUGGCUUAUUCUCAAGGAGGUGGUGUAUCUGCCAGUAGUAUGAUGGGAGGUAGGCCCCGUCAGCAGCUAACUCAGCAGCUACCGCCGCCGCCACCACAACCGCCGCAACAAUUACAGCAUCCCCAUCACCCACCACCACCACCACCACCACAGCAGCAACAACAGCAUCAGCAUCCACAUACACACCAACACCAGCAGCAUUCACAGCCACCACAAGAACCAAGGCAACAUCACCAACAGCAGCAGGAACAGCAGCAAAGGCAGGAUCAACAACGCCAAAAGCAACACGAGCAAAGGCAGCAACAGCAGCAGCAUCAACAGCAGCAGCAUCAACAGCAACAGCAGCAGCAUCAACAGCAAGAACAGCAGCAGCAGCAGCAGCAGCAGCGUCAACAAGAGCAACGCCAGCAGGAGCAACAACGACCCCAGAUGCAAUCUGCUACCACACAGCAGCCUCAAGCACAUGGUGCCACUGCUAGAGGGCAGAGUGCUGGCAAGCAGCCACCUAGUGCUACAGGACAGGCAUAUUACACAUCACAUGGUCUUGCAGUGGAAAACAGUGAUGGGAAAUCAAGUAGUGAUUCUGAGGGCAAAGUAUGUGAGAACAGUAACGCAGGUGGUAGUGGUGGUAAUGGUAAACCUAAAUCCAGUGCUGGGCUGGGGCACAGUCAGGGAGAUCAAAAACUGCCAGCUGAUGGACGAAAGGAAGAAAAGCCCUCAAGUACAUCUGACUGAACGUUUUGUGCAGUAAUUUCAUUCAGAGAUAUUUACUUGCAUAUCGUUCUUGUACAGAGUGCUCUUGGAAGUUUGAUAUGUUGCAGAGUUUAUCAGUUUUGGUGUAGCAGUUUUCAAGCUUUUUCCCUAAUAAGUCAUGGUUUUUUGGACAGAAAACAUUCAGUUGUAUUAAAAAAAGUAUUCAGCUAUUACAAAGACACUGAAUUAUUAAACAGCAUGCUGGGACCAUUUAGAAUAAAUAAUAAUUCUGUUGUUAUUGUUAUUAUUGUGAUUAUUAUUAUAAUUAUUACCAUCAUUACUGAUGGUGUAAUUCUAACCAGCUUAUGCUGUGAUACAGGAAAUGCAGUAUUUUUGUCGUUUGUCACAAUCUACAUAUAGUAAGCACUGAGCCUGUGACAUUACAUUACCAUAAAAGUAAAAAAAUAAACAAAAAUUGCACUCUGACAGCUGCCCAGUUAAUCUGCAGUGAGGAAGUGGAUGGUGUAAUUAAAAUCUCUGAAAUAUCAGUAGUGCCGAUUUGUGUCAAGCACCAGUGUGGCAAAGCUUUUCAGUGAAAUGUAAACCAAGAGCAUUCCAAGUAUUUCAAGUGCAGAUGUUUCAUGAGCAGGAAACAAAAAUACUGAUACAAAUUCAUCAUGGAAUUGGAAGUGGACUGCAUUACACAAAAUAUGUCAGUAAGGAACAUGAAGCCAUGACUUUAAGGUUGUGGAAUUACUUGUGCACAUUAAAUGUGGAAUAUUUACGGCUUUCACUCUGUAUUAUGUUUUACGUUACAUUAAUACAGUAGUAAAUUAUGGAUGCAUUUUUCGUCGUCUUGCUUUGUAUUAAGUGGGAUGUGUGUGAAAGUUGGAGGAAGUGCUGUGCUUGAACUUAUAAAAUGCUUGUUGAAGGAAAUGUUUAGAGUAUUUUCAUUAUGGAAGAUGUAAUAUUGUGUAUUUGAGCAAGCAUCGAGAAAUACUUACACAAGUGAUCCGGGUUCGUUUAUUGUGAAAAAAGAUUAUUUUACCAUAUGUAAUAAGAAUCAAUUAGUAAGAUAAACUUGUAUGAAACAAAGUAUUAUCGUAUUUGAGAUUUUUAAUUGUUGUUAGAUUGCUGAGCCAAAUAUUGAAAAAGUUUGGAAAUAAUGGAGUGUCAAGAGUAAAGUUCAGUAUAUCUUACGUGGUUUGCUAUCAUUAUGGUUGCCAAGUAAAAUACCGAGCUUAUGGCAUUAUAAAUUGAUAAUUGCAGAGAAAGAAGGCAGUGAAAACUAAUGAAAUGUGGGUGCUGUAAUGAUUUGAAAAUGGGAUAACAUUUCUAGGAAACUUACUGAAAAUGAAAACAGCAUAUAGGAAAUGAAGGAACGGCCAGUGAGGUUUGUCUGCAGAGCUGUAUGCCACUCAGAUGUAAUUUUGAGCAAAGUACUAUUCAGCUGAGUUAAUGUGUAUGCAACUAGCUUGAGAGAAAAUCAAGAUAUUGACAAUUAAUGCAUAGAAUUAUAGAGAUGUUAAUGAUGUUGAGGAAAAAACAGUUAAGAUGCCUCCUUUACUUGUGAACUUUGGUUUUGGUGUGCUUCUUGCAUUAAGAUAACCAGGAAAAGAACUGAUAUUUUCAGGCAAAAUUGCAGGGAGUGUAUUGUUUUUUUCCUUUGUUAAAUAUGAACAAUUAUUCUGUUAGAUGCUUAAGUAAAACUUGCUCAUGUGAGCGAUAUCAUGAUGAUGUGUAAAAGAUGAUGUACUGUACAUAAAAUGGCCACAUCAGAAAAAUUUUGCCACUUUGAGUAAGAUUCUUACUUUACAACUGUGUCUUUGGUGUUGGUAUGAACUGAAGUUUCUUUCUAAUUUUUUAUCAUUUUUGUAGUUACUGUGUGAUUAUACAUACGGCAGUGUUGAAAAUCUCUCUAGAGACCGAAGAAAUAAUGAACUUCAAUGCAGUCUUGAAUAAAAGUGUUGUUCAAGUGAUUUCAGUUAAUUAAAAGAUGUACUCAAGUUGAAGUGUUAAGUGAAACCCUGGAAUAAAUGAUGAUUUCCAUUCAAGAACUCUGACAAACUGUAGUGUUUGGAACUAUUCACAUAUUAGCUGUUUCAUAAGUUAGUAAGUUUUCAGAAGCAUCUACUUUAGACUUCCUCCAGGUCUGUGCUCUAGGUGUUUAAUAACCCUACAGUCCUAAUCUUGCCCUGCAGUGAAAGUGCUAAACUUAUGUUGUGUGGUUUGUGUGUAGCAGAUCUCUUGUGCUACAAAGGAACUAAAAUUAUCUAUGGUGCAGCACACUUCAAAUUUAAACUGAUUCUUUAAAAGAGACAGCUGCUAUCAAAGAAUUGUUCUUAUAGUAGACAAUUCGUUUGCUGUAUAUGAUACUGAUUUUUUCAGUCUCUGUAUUGAACUGUCAUUGCGUCAGCAUGUUGAAUUAAGUUGGAUGAUUUUUUUGUUGUAUUCAAGUGAAAUGUUCCGUAAACAUGAAGCUGAAUAUUUUUAUUCACCCGAAAGAAUAUUUUUUAGGAUUCUGAAUUGAUGUUCCUUUUUAUUGUGGCUGAUUAGUCUCAGUGUUUCAGUAAGCUUUGGGCUUAUUUGCUGAACGUCAGAAGUGACAUUAUUGUGAUCAGUUUCUUUCCUACGUAAAUAUGAAAUAAAAAAGCUCAUUUCUGUUACUCAACAA